AUGGGGGAAAAAAUAGAAAAAAAAGAGAGGAAAUGGGAGACGAGAGGGCAGCAGAGGCGAGAUGGAUGGAGGUGGGAGGGCGGCAGAGGCCAGAGGGAUGGAGAUGGGAGGGCGGCGGAGGCCAGUGGGAAGGCGGUGGAGGCGGCGAGAGGCGAGAGGGCGGCGGAGGCGAGAGGACGGAGGUGGGAGGGCGGCGAAAGUCAGUGGGAAGGCGGCGGAGGUGGAGAGAGGCGAGAGGGCGGAGGUGGGAGGGCGGCAGGGUGGCGAGAGGACAUAGGGAUGGAGGUGGGAGGGCGUCGGAAGAAGAAUCAGCAGCCGCUGCUUGGUUAUUCCUCUUCUACCGCGAAAGCUGUUGGAACGGUGUCCUCUUAUGCUCAUGUCACGGCACCCCAAAGGGUCAGGAAGCCGGACUUACCGGCACAUAAAUUCCACGCGCUUCAACCCUUUGCUCAAGGAGGACAUGGCGUGCUCAAAGUUCCUCGCGAAAUUCAGAAUUUUCAGGCGUCAAAAUUCCAACACGCGCUUAUUGGUCGUUUCAUGAUGAAUAAGGGUAAAAUACCUAGGACCACUAGAGAACUCAAGGCGGAAUUACAAUCGUUGUGGGCGAUUAAAUCUCCUUGGUCUCUCAUGCCGAUGGGAAGAGGAUUCUAUACUUUAAAGUUCCUCAACAAGGAAGAUAAAGCUGCCGCUAAACGACAUGUGAUCUGGGAUCUUCCUGCAGAAUCGUCCUCCUUGGCUCAAGUUUGGGUGAGAGUAUAUUACCUGCCGGUGGAGUUCUGGCAUCCGGAGGUUCUUUCGGGCAUAGGUCGAUGGUUGGGACAACCGUUGAAGAUUGAUGGUACGUCUAUUGAUGAUGAAGUAGCUCACUUUGCUCGUAUUUUAGUGGAAAUUGAUCUCUCUCAACCUCUCCCGGAAUUCAUGACGAUUGAUGGAGGCGAGUAUUUUUUUAACAUUGAAUUCAGUUAUAAAUAUAUUCCUUUAUAUUGCACUAAAUGUAAGAUAACUGGUCACUCGCCGGACAAGUGUCGGCGAGGAAAAGCAGGUAAAAAUAUUGAACCUGAGGCGAAAAUCAUUAGAGGCCCAGAAUGGAAGGCUGUUGUGGAGGACAAGAGUAAGCAGCCUCUCGAUGGAGAGGUGGCAUCUGACUCGGAGUCGGAAGAUGGAGCUAAGGAAACGAGUGUGACUUCGCACAAGGAGUUUACAGGGCCGGAUCUUUUGGAAAAUUUGUGUAACAGGAGCUCGGGCUCUAAGCAUAAUCAACUGGGGUCCCAGGAUGGUAACAGAUUCGCCAUCCUCGAAAAUUCCUCGAUUCAAGAGGAUUUGGAGACUAACAAGCAGGAUGCCAUUCUUAAGAACACAGCGGGAAACAUCGACAUGAACAUUGCUUCGGAUGAAAAUAAUAAUAAUCAAGGAAUGAGAUCUCAACAGCAAGAGAAGGGUCGGGGAUUUGCUGCCACUAAACAUAUUUCUAUGGAGCAUAGCAUCGAACAGAUGGGAGAUGCUACUGAUAAGAGGGAAUCACAGCAGCCUCUUUCGGUGGAACUUCACCAAACAGUUGAUGGGGAACAAAGGAUAGAACAGUUGGGGGACGUAUCGAAGAAAAUGUCAGCAGGCUCGCACCACGCUUCUCUUCAGGAGGAGCAAAUGAACGAACCAUGGGGGGACGUUACGGAGAAUGUGGCAGCAGGCUUGACUCAGGUUUCUCUUCAAGAGGAGAGACAUGAGAGGGAUCGCGACACCAUCUCUCAGCAGAAUGCGCAGAGCACUAUUGCUCCUGUUUCGGCGGACCAAGCAAGCAUUAUUGAGCCUAAGAAAAGCCUUCAGAAAGUUCGCCAGAGCUAUUGGAGAUUGAUUAAUUUGGUCCCUCGUCAUCAAAAUUGUCGACAGCCUCGGAGACCGAACAUCUGGUUGCUCACUUGUCCGGAUGUUCAGACCACAAUUCUGCUAUCCUCGGAUCAAGUCAUUAUUGCUGAUUGUGUUUGGCAAACAUACUUCUUUAGAGUUGCUGUUGUGCAUGGUGCGAAUGACCACGUUUCUCGACGUGCCUUGUGGACAGACCUUCUUUCUUUUGUUGAUGGGAACACGGUCUUUAUUGGCGACUUCAACGCCGUUAAGGGAGCUCAUGAGCGACGUAGUUUGGUGGCCCCUUUGAGAAGUUCUUGCAGCGAGUUUUGCGACUUCAUCGCGGCUUCGGAUAUGAUUGAAUCUCCUUCUUCUGGCAUUCGCUUUACGUGGUCUGGUCGGAUUUUACUUCCUCGGCAUGUGGAGUCUAGAUUGGACAGGGCGUUUUUCUCCCUUGGUUUUGCGAAUUUGUGGGCUUCGAUUAACACCCAUGCGCUCCCAAGGCUUACCUCUGAUCACUCUCCCUUGAUUUUCCAAUGCAGCGAUGAGAUGGGUAAGGGGAGACGUUUCAAAUUCUUGAAUAUGUGGACUUCUCACCCCAACUUUCUUGAGCGAGUGGCGUCUUCUUGGGAUGCUGGGACUGACGUUCGUUGUCCUAUUUUUAAAAUCAUGUUCAAGCUCCGUCGUCUCAGAAAUGACCUCAGGGCGUGGAAUAAAGAUGUGUUUGGGCAGGUGGAUAUGCAGAUUAAAUCGGAGCAAGUCUCGUUGCUCGACGUACAGAACAAGAUUUCUGACCAGGGUUACACGGACAUUCUUUUUGAGGAGGAGGUCAAUCAUCAAGCUCGGUUGUCUUCUUUGCUUGCCAGGAAGAACAGUCUUUUGCAACAAAAAAGUCGUGCGCACUGGCUUUCUGACGGAGACCGUAAUACUUCUUUUUUCCAUCGUGCUAUUCGCUUUCGAAAGCAAAGUCACAGGAUUGAGCACUUGAAGAUUGCGAUGUAG